AAAUUUGUCAAUUUCCCAACAAAGUUCUCCGACUUCGAUCUGGGCUUCAAUUCCCAGACAGAAAAAUAGCGCACAAACCAACGUUGAAAAUUCUAAUUCCCAACGAAUCAAAGAUACAUACUGUCAUCAAGAUCUCAUUUUUUCCACCUUAAAGCUUUCUCUCUUGCCGUUGGGCUGUUGAUGCCUUCAAUUCUCCAAAUUCUCCAAUUUUUAAGGGGUGUUGAGUUAUUGAACCGAGAAGGGGAACGAAACUAGCUCUCUCUCCAUCCCCGUUGUGAUGGCUGUACAGUGGUUGCUGUUAUGCCAUGGCUUGGUUACACUUCUAGUAGUGGUCUCUUUCCUUUGCGGUCAGUGGCCGAUCUUUGAGGGCACUCCUAUUCAACGUAUUCACCAUUUUCUCACUUUUGGCGCCUACAAUUAUUUCUCACGAUUUGUAGCUUAUGUAUUUGGGUCGAAGGGAACUAAUGCGGUUCUAGCGAUUGAAGGUUUCUGCUGCGACAGACCCAAUCCACUUCUUCAGGUCAUUUAUCUUGCUAUUAUUGGGGUUACCUAUUACAUUAUUACAAUAUCUACCUUCAGCUAUGUCCCUGGUUAUUAUUUAAGUGGAAUUCAUAGGUAUACAAGCUUUUUGGCUGUUACUGUUGGUGUUCUCCUCUUUCUAUUAACCAGCUUUUCUGAUCCAGGGACGGUGAAUGCUGAUAAUGUAUCUCGUUAUCUGUCUGCUUAUCCAUAUGACAACAUUAUUUUCUCUGAAAAGGAAUGUUCAACAUGCAAAAUUCCAAAACCUGCUAGAUCCAAACAUUGUAGCAUAUGUGAUCGUUGCGUUGCACGUUUUGACCAUCAUUGUGGAUGGAUGAAUAACUGUAUAGGGGAGAGGAAUACCCGCUAUUUUAUGGCCUUCCUUUUGUGGCAUUUCCUUCUUUGUGUAUACGGGACGGUUGCAAUUGGAUUAGUUCUUGCUGGACAAUUAAAAGAAUUAAAAGUUAUUUAUAUCUUGACUGUUUAUUAUGGCAUCGAAAAUUCUUUAUCCGGUUUAGCACCUUAUGUUGUACAAUGGAUAUUGGGCUCCUACAAUACUCAACUGCUACUUAUGGUGUUUCUGGCGAUAGUUUGUCUGCUAUUGGGAGGCUUCUUUGGUUACCAUGCCAAACUCUGUCUCACAAAUACUACAACAAAUGAGACUUUUAAGUGGCAAGAUUACAUUAGCUGGCAGAGGAAGGUAAAUGAAGCCAAGGCAAGUGCGGCAGCCUUAAAAACAAGCAUGGAUUCUCUGAGUUCCGAAAGAAAGCCUCCAGAAAGCAAAUGGAGAACGCUUUUUCGUAGAUCGCAACUUGAACAAGUGCAGGUUGUGAAGAACAAUAUUUACGACCAAGGAUUGUUUCACAAUAUUAAUGAGGUUAUUUUCCCUUUCUCAUCAAGACCCUCAUUUUCACAAAGUAAAUCAAAAUCUGGCUGAGACCACUGUAAGUAAAUACUCUGUGAUGAUGAACUGUGUUGUCAUUUCAUUCAAUGUAAAGAUUUGAUGGGUUGGCUGGUCAUGCUGAUUCUCCUUUAGCUUUGAAGGCCGAUGGGUCGGUCGGUCAUGGCGUAGGGUGGCCCUCUGGAGAUUGUACAAUUUCAUAUGCUCGUGCUUUUGCAUUUCUCCAUGGCUUUGUGAAUGUUGCUUUUUAUGGUAUUUUGUGGAAUGCUGAAUGUUAUGUUUUUAGUGUAAACUGAUUGAGAAAAUUUUGAUUUCUAAGCAAUUUGUGAGCUUCUGAAUUGCA